GCUGUCGUGCGCUACGUAGCUGGUUCGCAGCAGCCACGGCUUGCGGCUGGGUGCUGGCUGGAACUCCGAUUAAUUUUACAUCGACCUGCUUGUAUUUAAUGUUAGGAGGCUUCGCUUUUUGUGUAUUUGUAGUAGCCAUUCGCAAGGCGACAUUGUCAGGAGGAGCAUAUUUUAUUUUAUUUUAUUUUUUUCUGCUGUUCAAAAUUCAGCUAACCGCGGCCAAGUUAUUUCGGUGUCAAGAGUCACUUUCUUCUCAUCUGAUGUUGUCCACGACCCGAACGUUAUUCCAGGGGGUUUACGCGUAUGCGUCACCUUGGUGAAAACGUACCCCAUCGACAUCAAAGUGAGACGAGCAACCAAGGCGGCGCCACCAUGCUGGAGGAGGACAUGGAAGUGGCCAUCAAGGUGGUCGUGGUGGGCAACGGUGCUGUGGGGAAGUCCAGCAUGAUCCAGCGCUACUGCAAAGGUGUCUUCACCAAGGACUACAAAAAGACCAUCGGAGUGGACUUCCUCGAAAGGCAAAUCAUUGUGAAUGACGAAGAUGUUCGCCUUAUGUUGUGGGACACAGCUGGGCAGGAGGAGUUUGACGCCAUCACUAAGGCAUACUACCGCGGCGCCCAAGCAUGCGUGCUGGUGUUCUCGACUACAGACAGAGAUUCCUUUCUGGCUAUUGACAAUUGGAAGGAGAAGAUCGAAGCAGAGGUCGGAGAUAUUCCCACAGUUCUUGUUCAAAAUAAAAUUGACCUCCUGGAAGAAAGUGUUAUAAAAAACGAGGAGGCGGAGGGCUUGGCCAAGAGGCUUAAAUUGAGAUUUUAUCGAGCUUCGGUGAAAGAGGACUUGAAUGUCACAGAGGUGUUUAAAUACUUAGCUGAGAAGUAUCUUCAACAACUCAAACAGCAAACAGCAGAGGAGACAGAAGCGCUACACUCAACAAGCAAUAAAAUAGGAGUUUUUAAUACCACAAGUAGUAAUCAGAGCAACCAGAGCUCCACCAAUGGCAGAGAAGUCAUCACACUGCGACCAAACAAACAAAGGACCAAGAAGAGUAAAAACCCAUUCGGCAGCUGCAGUCUCCUCUAGACAAACACCAGAUUGUUUUUUUCAUGCUGACCAUCCACAGGUAGCCUCAGAUAGAAACCAAAGUGCAAAGACUGGAAAUUAUCUUGUUGCACUAACCCACCGUUUCAUCUCCUUGUUAAGGUUUUUCCACCCACAUUAGUUUAUACAUUUCCCAUUACAUGCAGUCUCUCAUGGUUACCGCUGCAGAAAUGUUUUCAGGUCAUCACCUAUUUUCACACAAUUCACAGCUCAUCACGAACCAAAAAGGAUGUCCACUUUUUCACAAUUUUGGGCAUUUAUGUGAAAGGUUUGACAGCUUGAUUACUCUAAUUCCUCAUUUCACCAGGAGGUAGAGCAGCCAUUCUCCUCUUAAUUGUGUUUUCAUCCUCCUCUAUAAUGGGACGCAUGAGAAAAAUCCAGAAGAUGUCUGGUGGGAUACAUGGUUCUCUUUGACCAUGCAUUUCUAUUUUUUUCAAGGAAUAUUUUCCCAAUGACAUUAUACAGUCACCUCAACCUUUUUAUUUGGGAUUUUUCAUAUUUUACUGCAGUUGCUCCUUCAAGUUUCAGCUGUUUAUCUUUGUAUGUAAUUUAGAGGAGAAGCUGAGUAUUUUAAUACUCAGUAGGUUAUGGUUUGGGUUAUCUGGAACGAAUUCAGCAGCUGGUCAAAUUGAUUUUUAUACAAAUCACUUAAGUGUUGAGUGAUAUUUGAAGGUGUUAAUGGCUUCCUGGUGCCAAUUAUUGACUUAACACAGCAGAGGUUUGAAUGUAAUCUUUAAAUAAUCACUUGUGCUAAUGUAUAACCAAAACGGUACGUGUGUACUUUACUGUCCAUUCAUCAAUUUGUUUACCACAUUUUGGCUGUCUGGCAAGUAACAGGAGGCAGACACACUUGAGUUCCUCCAGUCACACUCAGCUAUUGGACGUUGAUGUUUUGAAUUGUAGUUAUUUACAUAAUGUUGACUUUGGUAUGACUUAAAGCAAUGUAUUACAUUGUGAGGCAUCAAUUCGUCCAUACAUAUUGUCUUAACUUGCCUAGCAGACAUCAAGCUCAACAUAUGAGAUUUGUAUCUAAUGCGGUAUAUUGUUUGGUUGUGGCUUGUUAUCGUGCUGUUCUUCAUUUGAACAUCAAGGUGCACAGCUAGAAAUUGGCCAUCAGGAUUGUAAGGUGGCUUUUAAUAUGCUUGUGUGUGCUGGAAUAUUAAACAUUCAAAUCAUUCUGGAUUAAAAGAGAUGCUUAGUCUGCACUAAGCCAUCUAAAACUGAAGAUUGUUUUAUCUCACGCUGGUCUAACAAGCACAAAGUCACAAGGUGUUUUAGAAAGGUCUCCUCUGUUAAAUAUCGUAAUGUGAAAUCACUUAACUUCUUAAUUGUAUUUAAAUGAAUAUAUAAUACAUUGGCGAAUUACACAUGCAUGCAUAUUGAUUUUCUUUUGGAACUGAUUUCUCGCAUGUGUGGUGGUAUCCAACAUUCAAAUAUUAGUACUAGUGUAUACUUUGGACAGUGCUAUUGAAAGGAAAGUGGUGUAACUGUAUUGCAUGCAAAAGCCUUUUGUGACAAAUCAGUGAAUGUUCCAUUAUGGUUGCAAAGCCACAAUGCCUUAACCAUGUUUACAUUGUUGUCCAUUGACCUCAAGGAAACGUUUUAGUCCCCUAAAAAUGGCCUGCACAUCACAUUUGUAGAUAAUCAAUUCUUUACUUUGCCUUUUUGCUUUUUAACCGAAUUGAAUUCACGCACUUUAUCAGUAAAAUGGCAUAAUUAUUCAUUAUAGUACCCAAGAACCAGAAAUUUAAAUGAAUAAUAGUUAUGUGUUGUCACUCAGGUGUUGUCUGAAUAUCUGUUGCAGACUUUCAUUUUUGACAUUUCAUUGACAUUUUCAUUUUGCUACGAAAAAAAACAUUUUGGUUUAAGUCUUUGACGAAAACUAACAAUUGUUCCAUUUUUAGUUCGAACAAAUGUAACACUAAAUGUGCCACACAGCUGUGCUCCAGCUGUCGUGGUGUCGUAGGGAGAACUGAAAUAAAUGACUCUUUACUUUGG